AUGACUUCAAUUCUCUCUUGGUUCCGGGGGCUGUAUUCUCUGGAUACGUUGGAUACUCGGUUUAUUGUCUCUUCAAAUACUCCGCUCAAGGCUGUCGCCGCUGACACGCGAUCUGCUCCCGCCAAAGAUGCCCGCGCAAACGCAGUUGCCAGCAAUGCGUCCCCUUCUAAAUGGCGCACGCCCGAGUUCUGGACUUACUAUGUCGUCUUUGUAAUCGCGGUACCACUAAUGUUCAAAACGGUUAUUGAAGUCUCUCAGAAGAGCCAUCCAACUUACCCAGCGUACUCUCAUCUACUGUCUCCUGGUUGGAUAGCUGGGCGCCAAGUUGACAAUUCAGAUUCGCAGUAUUCCAGUUUCCGCGAUAACAUCCCCUACCUGCUCGUGCUUUUGGUCACCCAUCCAUUGCUCCGUCGCGUAUACGAGCGUUUUGUGCAGCCGGUAGAUACAGCCCCCACCAAUUCAAAAACCAAUGCGGUUACGACUCAGGGAGACGCUCGGCUUCGCCGCCGGGUAUGGUUCGACUUCUACUUUGCCGUGGUUUUUAUCGUUGCUCUCCAUGGCGUGUCUGCUAUAAAGGUGCUCGGUAUAUUAUAUGUGAACUAUAGGAUUGCGAAAUCUCUCCCGCGACGAUAUGUACCUGCGGCUACCUGGACAUUCAACAUAGCGACACUGUUUGCCAACGAACUCUGUGCAGGCUACCAUUUUGAACGUCUGGCUACCAUGCUGGUGUCCUCGGCAGAUAGUGCCCCUUUGGUCCUAUGGGCCCGAUAUCUCGAUAGCUUGGGAGGUAUCAUGCCUAGAUGGGAAGUGCUGUUCAAGGUCACGAUCCUCCGACAGAUCAGCUUCAACCUGGAUUACUACUGGAGCCUCGAUUACCCAGCCUCUGGCCCCAUUGAAAAGAAACAAACUGAUCCCGCGGCACUGUCUGAGCGUGACCGUGUGACCAUCCCGGCAGAGCCGUCUGCCUUCAAUGGCCGCAACUAUGUCGCAUAUGUUCUUUAUUCACCACUGUAUCUGGCUGGCCCCAUCCUGACAUUCAACGACUAUAUCUCACAACAGAGAUUUCCACCACUAUCUCUCACCAGAUCCCGUGUCACCCUGUAUGCUGUCAGAUUCUUUUUGACCGUGCUGGCCAUGGAAUUCAUCCUCCAUUUCAUCUAUGCUGUCGCGAUCUCUCAAGCACACCCGGACUGGUCGUUGUAUAGCCCCGGCCAACUCAGCAUGCUGGGCUUCUUCAACCUGCACAUCAUCUGGCUAAAGCUUCUGAUCCCAUGGAGAUUUUUCCGGCUUUGGGCCCUAGUCGAUGGCGUUGACCCUCCAGAGAAUAUGGUCCGUUGUGUCUCAAACAACUACUCCGCAUUCGCCUUCUGGCGCGCGUGGCACCGCUCAUUCAACCGCUGGAUUGUGCGCUAUGUCUACGUGCCCCUCGGCGGGGGAAGAGGCCGAGCACGCGGCGACGAUAACAAAUCAUCCUCUGUGCUCUUCGCCAAAGCUCGCCAGAUCUUCAACUUCCUCAUCGUCUUCACUUUUGUUGCGCUCUGGCACGACAUAAACCUCCGCCUCCUCAUGUGGGGGUGGCUCAUUACACUCUUCGUCCUCCCUGAAGUCAUCGCCACUCUUCUCUUCCCCACGCACAAAUGGCGCUCCCGUCCCAAUACGUACCGCGUCCUGUGCGGCAUUGGCGCGGUAGGGAACAUUCUCAUGAUGAUGAUCGCUAAUCUGAUUGGGUUUGCACUGGGCUUGGAUGGAAUCCAAGGCCUGCUUUCUGAGAUGCUGGGGUCUUAUUCUGGCCUGGUUUAUCUUGCUACUGCCUGUGCUGCGCUGUUUGUGGGAGUACAGGUUAUGUUUGAGAUUCGUCAGGAGGAGUUACGAGCUGGUAUCAACUUGAAGUGUUGA